AUGUAUAAUUACGUAGUAACAGCCCAUAAACCAAGCUCUGUAGUCUCUGCGACAAGAGGCAGCAUAUCAUCACCCGAUGAAACUAACUUGGUUCUCAACAAAUUUUCACGUAUAGAAAUCUAUACUCUCGUGCCUGGGGGGUUAAAAUCCUUUAAGGAUGUUCCUGUUUAUGGCAGAAUUGCUGCGAUGCAAAUUUAUAGACCACGGGGUCGUGAUACAGAUCUUCUCUUUGUAGCUACAGACCAGCAACAAUAUUUUGUCAUUUCAUAUGAUGAAAAGCAACACCAAUUAAUUACUGAAACAAAAGGAAAUAUGGAGCUUCGAGUUGGGCAAGUCCCACAUACAGGGAUGAUGAGCGCAUUAGAUCCGUAUUGUCGGUUAAUUGGGUUGAUCGCGUAUCAAGAGAUACCCACACUUGCAAUCUUGUAUGCUGAUGUACAUAAUCACGUGUCAAUAAAGAUAUAUUUUAUAAAGAUUAAAGAAAAAGAGUUUGCACCUGGCCCUUUAUUCAAGGAAGAGCUUGAUGAUACCACAGAGUUUUUGAUUGCUGUUCCAAAAGGUGGCUUUUUGGCAGUUGCAUCAAAGCAUAUUACCUAUUACGAUAAUAAUUUCAAAUCUCGGACCAUACUCUUGAAACAUAAAACGGCAAUGAGAGGGGUUGCCGCCGUAGAUGACGACGGAUCCAGAUAUUUGCUGGGUGAUAUCUUUGGAAUGCUUUACCUGCUUAUAAUUCCUGAUAUUGGUGAUUUAUAUACACAUACUCUGGGAAAGAUCUCAGUGCCACAGUGUCUUCUAUAUCUUGAUCAUAGCUACGUUUUUGUUGGGUCACAUUUCGGCGAUUCACAAUUAAUUAGAUUGCGUCAAACACCGAACGAACAGGGAGUCUUAUUGGAUGUACUUGAUACAUUCAUUAACUUAUCGCCUAUAGUAGAUUUUUGCGUAGUAAACCUGGAACGACAAGGACAGGGGCAUAUCAUUACAUGCUCUGGUGGCACUAAAGAUGGUUCUUUGCGAAUCAUUCGCAAUGGUGUGGGAAUUACUGAACAAGCUGUGAUGGAAAUGCCCGGAAUUACAGGAGUAUGGUCUUUACGCCCAUAUUACAACUCUCCUUGCGAUGACAGUUUGGUUAUAUCGCUCAUUGGUGAAACACGGGUGCUAAGACUAGAGGAAGGAGAAGAGUUGCAGGAGGUCGAUGAAUACGCUGGCUUUGACAUGAGUCAGUCAACUAUUGCGACACGAAACGUUGUUGGGAAUUUACUUGUACAAGUUACUCAAUAUCAAGUGAGGCUUAUUGAUUUAAAUAAUCGGAAACUGAUUUCUCAAUGGGACCCUCCGCAUAACAGUAAGAUUACUGUUGCUGAUAUUAAUCCCAGCCAAGUAGUGAUAGCGAUCAGUGGUGGGAUAUUGAUCUAUUUUCAAGUACAAGGAAUGGAACUCGUUGAGAUAAAGAAAUUGCAAUAUGAGAUAGCAUGUAUGAGCAUCAAUCCAUUAGAUCCCAUACACCCAGAAAGUUCAUCAAUUGUCGCCGUAGGGCUUUGGACCGUGGUUGGCGUGCAAGUGCUAAGAUUACCAUCAUUAGAGAUCAUCGCAGAUCAGCCACUUGAAGGUGCUUCUAUGACUCGUUCUGUGCUUAUAUCCACCUUCGAAAACAAUCAUUACCUCUUGGCGGCGUUGGGUGACGGGCAGUUGUUUCAUUUUAUCCUUGAUCCAACAACCGGACGAUUAUCAGAAAGAAAACAGCUGUCGUUGGGAACUCAGCCCGUUAUGCUUACCUCUUUUACGUCCAAUGGAUUGAGCCACGUUUUUGCUGCGUCAGAUAGACCAACAGUUAUUUACAGCAGCAAUAAAAAAUUACUAUAUUCUAAUGUCAACACCAAGGAUGUUACAUAUAUGUGUCCGUUCAAGCCGGCAUCCAUGGCGACCUCCUUGGUAAUCACGCAUGAAGGAGGAUUGACAAUAGGCAGUAUUGAUGAGAUACAAAAACUUCAUAUCCGAACAAUAUUAUUAAAUGAAAUGCCCCGUCGUAUAUGCCACCAAGAAAGCACGCAUACACUCGGAAUAUUAACGAUAAGACUUAAUUCGAGCGAUGAUGAUGAAAAUUUGAGGUAUUUUAAGAUAUUGGACGAUCAGACAUUUGAAUUUUACGAUUCAUUUGAAAUGCAACCAAAUGAAGAUGUUCAUUCUUUGACUUCAGUAAAAUUUGAUGUGAAAGAAGAUUCUCCAGAAUAUUAUGUAGUCGGAACUUCAUUUAUUGUUCAUGGGGAAAAUAAUGCUAGUAAAGGUCGAAUAUUAGUUUUCCAAGUAGAAAGAAAUGAAAUGAUCUGCAAAUUACGAUUGAUUCACCAGAAAGAAAUGAGAGGAGCAAUAUGUUCAUGCGGACCGUUCGGUGGAAAGUUGUUAGCCUCCAUUAAUGGAACGGUCACAGUUUUUGAAUGGAAAACAUCUGAAGAUGGGAGUGCAGAAUUAAUACCAAUUUGUAGUAAUAAAGAUUUUUCAUUGGCACUUCGUGUUGUCUCACGAGGGCAUUUCGUUUUGGUUGGUGAUCUAUUUAGAUCUAUUAGUUUGUUAGCAUAUAAAGAAUCAGAUAAGGACAACAAAUCUCUCGAAGUAAUCGCCAAAGAUAAUAUUCCUCAUUGGAUUUCUUCUGUCGAGGCCUUUGAUGAUGACGAGUUUAUUGCCAGUGAUACAAACUAUGAUUUCAUCACAUUUCGGAAAAAUGAUGAUACGACGGAUGAAGAUGAGAGGAGAAAGUUGGAAACAAAUGGAUUCUUUCAUUUGGGUGAUUCAGUUAAUCAAAUACGACAUGGUUCUUUAGCGAUGAAUGUUUCAGAAACAGAACCAGUAGGGAUUUCUUCAGAAUUAUUAUACUGUACGUCAUCUGGAGCUAUUGGUGUUAUCGCAUCAAUACCAGAACAAAAAUUCAAAUUCUUGAAAAAAUUAGAAGAAAGCAUAGAUAAAGUUAUCGGCAGUAUUGGCGAUUUGAGCCACAAAGAAUGGCGCAGUAUGAGAAAGGGAAAAAAGCUUUACGAAGCUCGAGGAUUUAUUGAUGGCGAUCUCAUCGAGUCUUUCCUUGAUAGAUCCAGAAGCGAAAUGGUGCAAAUCGCUGAAGAAUGUGAUAUGAAAGUAGAUGAGCUAUUGAAAAUAGUUGAAGAGUUAACGAGAAUCCAUUAG